GAGGUUCCUUGGGCUAAGGAAUGACAACUUGGUCCUAGGUCUAUUGAUUUUUUCUGAUGCAGAAUGAGGUUCUAUGUCCACCAUGAAGACAGCCCUCCGUAUACAGUGGUCUUCAGCUGGGAGGACCAACAGGAAGGAACCAUUGGAGAUCUUCUGGACCAAUUUGUAGAGUCUUUCAACCAGAAGUUCCGAGGAGUUUCUGAACUGGAUGUUGAAGAUGUCUUUGUCACAAAGUCUCAAAGCUCAAGGCAGGCUAUUUCCAAUGAGGAGCAGGUGUCAAGAGUGAUACGAGACCAAGAGGACAUCUUUGUGCUGUCCAAAGGGCCACCAGCAGUCAUGGAGCCAAUGCCCCAUGUGCAAAGUGGUUCAGUGGAAGUAGAGGAAGAUGACAACAACGACAGAGAGAGCAGGUCUUCAGGAAGAGAGACAUCUGAUGUGACUCACGAGCACUCUCUCAGCCAGGCUGAUGAUGACUUAGAUAUUGAGGAUAUGAAAGACUUGCUGGAAGGAGAUUCUCCUGGAGGAGCGCUGAGGAGCAGCCCACAGAGGAGACACUCCUGGGAAGGGUCAUUUGAUGAUGUCUCCAUAGCCAACCUGCAAAUAGAACAACUCAAGAAGGAAAGGAAUAAGGAGCUGAAUGCAGGCCAUGAUGCCCAGCAGGUGCUGAUCGCUAAGUGUGUACAGAAUGCCCAGAGACUGGUACAGCAGAAACACUGUGACAAGGCUGUCAAGAUUUAUGAACAAGUCGACAGACUGUUUCCUCACCAGAAGGAUUGUCUGCUAGGAUUGGCCUCCAUCUAUAGCAGCGCAGGUCGCCCAGAGAAAGCCCUGGAGUACCUCAGGACAUCUGUAGAGGCUUUUCCCGACCAUGCAGACCUCAAAUGCCGCCUUGCGGACUGCCUGCUUGAACUUGGACAUGGGAAGGAGGCAAGCCGACUCCUGUAUGAAGCUAAGGACAUCCUGGAGAAGAAACCCGACACAAAACGUACCCAGCUGUUAGAUCUUCAGGUGCAGCUUGCAAAGGCCUUUAUACUACUGGGGAAACACACAAUGGCUCUACAUAUGUGCCAGGCGGUGGUGAGAGAGAAAAAGGACCACCUGGAGGGUCUGUUGGAGUACGCUGAGCUGACGUACAAGAUGAGCACAGAUCACGCCAGGGACGCCCUGACCAUCGUCAUGACCCUCAUGGUCAACAAGAAGACCUGGAUGUUACCCAGACACAGGCUGGUCAACAUGAUGAAACACAUUCCUAAUGGGCUGAAGAUAUUAGAGGGGGAAAUCCAUGAAGCCAUCAAGUCAGUUCCUGCUCUGGUGUUCUUGUCCAAUGUAUUCAGGGACCACGGAGAUGUCCUGAAUGCCACCCAGCUGCUGGAGCAUGCCAUGCAGGUGGAGCCAGACCACUGCACAUGUUUCCUCUCUCUCAUCCACAUGUUUGAGGCACAGGACAGGCAUGCUGAAGCUUUUAAAAGGAUUAGGGCAUUCUUGAAGAAGCAUCCUGACAUGUCCAUCGCUGGUCUGAAAAACAAAGUCUUCCUGCCAAUUCUGAAGGCAGUUAAGGAGGACAUAUAUCUCCAUGCCACCUAUCCUCGAGUGUCAGGGAUCUCAGCUGACGUCCAGCCACCCCAACAGAGAGCCUACAACGACCAAGAACUGAACCUGCUGGCCGUCAUGUUCACUCUGGUGAAGAUACUCUUUGUGAAGGGAGCCCUGGGCCUGCUGCCUUCUUUCACAAAACUGCUCGACCCAGCACAUGCUGACAGAGACUUACACACAACCUUGAUAAGGAAUGAAGCUGCCUAUUACUCCACAAUAAGUCAGGUGAUGAAGAUAAAGCUGAACCCCUCCUGCCUAGAGAAUAGCCCCCAGUUUGUGUAUCUGGCUGGUGACAGUCACUGCAUCACCCCUGCAUGGAGGUCGAUACAGUACAAGGGUGCCACCCAUGUGCUCCACCCCCUUCUGUCCACUGGAACAAAGAUUUGGCACCUGAGACCCGAGGCCAGAUUCUUCACCAAGGAAAACUUCUACACUGUCAUGAAGAAGGCGCCGAGGAAGGCCACGGUGAUCUUCGUGUUUGGAGAGAUCGACUGUCGAGAGGCUCUGCCUGUGUGCCUGGCUAAGUGCAGAUAUGAUUCCAUGGAAGAAGGCAUCAACAGACUGCUGGAUAUCUACACCCAGGUGCUGUUGGGACUGAAAAGGAAGUACAAGUUCACCAUCUACGUUCACCCUGUCCCACCGGUACUGGAUCUCACCAGACAAACUGUGAUGAAGUUUAACAAGACCCUGAAGUCCAAGGUGGAAGUGACAUCAGGUCUGCACUGGCUGGACUUUGUGGAUGAGCUGCUGUGUGAUCAUGGGACCAUGCUGGACUCAAAAUUUGAGUUUGACGGCACACACCUACAUCCUUGCUAUGUGGAGAGACUUGAGCAGGCCUUGUCUGAGGCACAGGAGAGGAGAACUACCAGUAGUCCCAGGAAGUGACAUCAUAACAGGAAAUGACAUCAUGAUAGGCUAAUGACAUCAUGAUAGUAUGGUAUUAUAACAUACUGAUGAAUUAAUAAAUAUACACCAUUUAUUAGAUGCAAAUAUAUGAAGUGUUACAACUAUGCAGAACAUGCAAAGCAUGAGAUUUUACUAGGAUAAAUAUAGAUGAUUUAUUUUCCUGUGCAAUAACUAAGUGACUAGGCUGUUUGCCUUGCAUUGCAUUCAGUAGGUAGUGGGUUUGAAAGACUUAAAAGAUUGCUUUCUCAGCUUAACAUUUGGGAAAGUUGAACAUACAUGUACACAACUACCAGCGGACUAGCCCCCUGCUGUAGUGAUAUUGCACAAGGUUGUGUGGCCCAAGGGCUAUUGAAACCAGGAUGGGUGUCAGUAUCACCCUAUGCACAAUUUGUUGCAGAAAGGACUUUCUUAAUUUCAUAUCAGGAUCAUUUCAUUUGUGUUGGUACAUAACAUGGUGGGGAAGAAUUUAAUGUUGCUCUUUUGUGUGUGUAAAAAGAUUCUAUUUAAUGCUGCUAUCAAAUAUUUGAUCAAUAUCAAUCCGUAAUGAAAUGUUUUAGAGAUUAGCAAAUGUCAUAAAAUUGUUAAAAGAAGAUCAAACAUUUUAGGCAUUUUUUGCCAGUCAUGAUUUCACCCAUCUACAUGUAUAUUCCAUUGUAAAACAUAAAUAUGAAAAAAAGAAAAUAUUAUCUUAUAUAUUAAACAUAAAAUGUCUCAUGUCAAGUGCUAUGUAAGAUAUGAUAUAUAAUUUCAGAUCACAUACAUUAUAAACUGGUGUAAAGGUGAUCUUCAAUGUAUUUGUUUCUACCAAGGGCAUUAUAUAACGUCUUUGUUUCUGCUAUGCAACAUGAAGAAAUAUAUCGUUAAUUGUGAAUUUCA